GGAGCCCAGACGCUUUCCUGGCCCGUUUGGACGGCAUCCACCCCCCUGUAUCUCCUUCAGGUCUGGUGGUGGUGCUAGAUUUGCAGAGCGUCUGUGCCUGCGCCUCACACCUGCCUCUGCUCCAGAGAGCUGCAGCUGCAGUGGGCUGGCCGAGCCUCUUCACGGCAUCUGCCUGGGACAUCCUGAGACCUUGCUCUUGCACAGCUGCCUUUUCCCCAGCUCCUGCACCCGCCCCUCUGAAGUCACUGGUCCACGCUUGGAAGCCCUGCCUGGAGCUGGAUCCUUAUAGAAGAAUUCUCCAGCGAAUUUUACAGACUUACCGGAUGAAGAGUGCCUGAGAGACUGGCGGUCAACAAUCCCUAAGAUGGAGAAGACAGAUGCCAAAGACCAGUCCUCUCAGGGGGAUGAGGAGAAAGAGCCUCCAAAGAGCCACCCCUACUCGGUGGAGACCCCAUAUGGCUUCCAUUUGGACCUGGACUUCCUCAAGUAUGUGGAUGACAUCGAGAAGGGAAACACCAUCAAAAGGAUUCCUAUCCACAGAAGGGCCAAGCAGGCCAAGUUCAGCACUCUGCCCCGAAACUUCAGCCUUCCCGACAGCGGGGCUCGGCCCCAUGCUGUUCUUUCCCACCCGAACUGGUCCCCCAUGGUGUCUAGGAAAGUGUUGGGGACAGAGGCCCGAGCCCAGCCACUGCCCCUCGGGGAUCAUCCGCAAGCCCCACAAGCCGCCAGCGGCAGCGAGCUGAGCUACCACCGGAAGGCCCUGCUGAUGGAGACGGCCAGACAGCUGGAGGCUGCUGCUGCUCCCGGGGAGGCUGAGCUCACCUCUGGGAGUGGACGGCCCCAGCUUCUGAGAGCAUCCAGCAUGCCGGCCACGCUGCUGCAAACCAGGGCCUCGGAGGACCCAAGCCUAAACUCAGGACCCCCCACCCCGCCCGUCCUCCCCCAACUUCAGGGCGAAGGCAUUGUCUGUGAUGGUGCCUUUGGGCCCGCGGAAGGAUUUGCAGGUUUUUCCAACUCCACUCCGCGAGCAGCAACCCAACCGGAAGUCAGAGAGUCAGGAGACCUAGUGCCAGGGAUUGCGGAGCUGAUCCAGGAGGGGCCCGAGCCCCCAAAAAGCGAAGAAGAGGCUCCAAAUCACCUCUCUUUCCCGAGUCCACCUUUCUCGUCCCAGAAUGCACUUGUGGUUCUAGAGGAGGCAGAAGACCAACAGGAAAGCAGAGGAGCCCAGGUGGUGGUCACAAGCCCCAGCUCUCCAACACCAAGCCCCCCGCCUCUGCCGUCACCCAUCCCUGAGAAUGAGCUCCCCCUGGAAGAAAUCGAGCUCAACAUCAGCGAAAUCCCACCACCACCACCUGUAGAGGUGGACGUGAGGAGCAUCGGGAUCCGCGUCACGGAGGAAAGCCUGGGCCUUGCCUCCCGGGAUCCUGGCAGCAUCUCCAGCCUGAAGCAGCAAAUCUCCGACCUCGAAGGCGAACUGUCUGGAAGAACUGAGGAACUGGCCCAGGUCAGAGCUGCCCUCCAGCGGCAGGAAGAGGAAAUCAAGGCGCGGGGGCAGAGGAUUCAAGAGCUAGAGUGCACUGUAGCUCAACUGGUAGAAAAGCUUAGCGGAGGGAACACCAAAGAUGCUCAGGGCCAGACUGAUGCUAUGGUCGGCACUGACCCCCUGCAGGGGCUCUUGACCAGGCAGUCGUGUGACAAGAGCAUUGGGGUCAGCCUUCUGGGCAGCGUGGGAUCUGAAAGCUGGGGAGCCAGGGGAGAGGGGAAUGGCCCCCUGUGGGGGCGAGAAAGUCACACACGAGGGGAUGGGAGCCCAGCAGGACUUGUGUCGCCACCCCAGCCGUCACUGCCACAGGGCUCUGAGACGGUCCUCAUGCCUUCUUCACACAGCUGCCUCUCCACUGAGCUCAGGAUCGAAGAGGGAGGUUCUGAGCAGGCAGGAGGUUCUUCGGUGGGAAUUAAGGGUCUGGACAGGGGAGUAGGAGGAUCUCCAGGGAGUGCUGAGAGAAAGGCUCCCCCAGCAGGGAGGGAGGAGGCUGGUCCAGAGCUGUCAGGGAAGGAGCGCCCUGGAAGGCCACCAGGCUCCCCCACCGAUGCCACUAUUGGGCAAUACGUUAAGAAGAUCCAAGAGCUCCUGCAGGAGCAGUGGAGCUGCCUGGAACACGGGUACCCUGAGCUGGCCCGCGCCAUCAAGCAGCCUGCCUCCAAACUCAGCAGCAUCCAGAGCCAGCUACAGAGCUCCCUCAACCUGCUUCUGUCUGCCUACUCCGCCCAGGCUCCACCCCAGAAGGAGCCCCCAGGCCCCUCCUCCUCCCCACCGAUGGAGAUCUCCCCGUCGACCAGCCUUAAAUCCAUAAUGAAAAAGAAAGACUAUGGCUUCCGUGCAGGAGGUAAUGGGACCAAAAAGAACCUUCAGUUUGUUGGGGUUAACGGUGGCUAUGAGACCACCUCGAGUGAGGAGACCAGUGGUGAGGACAGCUCCCCAGAAGACUUGUCUGACAGCGAGGCUGAGAAGAAAUGUGAUGGCCCAGAACCCAGGCAGGGCAAGGAUGCCCACCUCAGCUGUAGGGUGAGCCAGGGCACCCAUGAGGGCACCCACGACACAGACCAGGAAACUGGGCCUGGCGAAGAGCUCCCCCAUCCCAAGACGGAGAGAUAUAAACCCUCAGAAGAAUUCCUUAAUGCAUGCCGGGCAUUGAGCCAACAUCUGCCACAAACUGGGACGACCACUGACCAGCUCUUGAAGCAGAGCUUGAACACCAUCAGUCAAGAGUGGUUCCGCAUCUCCAGCCGGAAGUCAUCCAGCCCUGCUGUAGUGGCCGCCUACCUCCGCGGGGUCCAGCCUCACUCCCCACACUUGCUAAAGCUGCUUGUCAAUCUGGCUGAUGGCAAUGGGAACACAGCUCUUCACUACAGUGUGUCCCACUCUAACUUCUCCAUCGUGAAGCUGCUGCUGGAGACAGGUGUCUGCAAUGUGGACCAUCAGAACAAAGCUGGCUACACUGCUGUGAUGAUCACUCCCCUGGCUUCUGCCGAGACCAAUGAAGACAUGGCUGUUGUCUGGAAGCUCUUAAGAGAAGGGAAUGUGAACAUCCAAGCUACUCAGGGGGGCCAGACGGCACUGAUGCUGGGUGUCAGCCACGACAGGGGGGACAUGGUCCAGGCGCUGCUGAGCUGCCAGGCAGAUGUCAACCUGCAGGACCAUGAUGGAUCAUCUGCCCUCAUGCUGGCCUGUUGCCAUGGCAACACGGACAUGGUGCGGCUGCUCCUGGCACAUCCAGCCUGCGACAGCAGCCUGACUGACAAGGCUGGCCGAACGGCUUUGUCCAUAGCUCUGAAAUCACCCGCCCAUGUGGAAAUUGCAGGGCUGCUUCGGGCCCACUCGAAGCAGGGCAGGCCCCUGGGGCCAUAGGGGCUGUGGAAGAGCUGGCAGCUGUGAACAGAAGAAGCCUUGUCUGGACUCCUCCGGCGCCCUUGGAGAGGGCAUGGGUCAUAGCCAGAGGGCUGUCCCUGAAAAGAAGAAACAAUGUCAAAUAUGCACAUACGUUCCUGUUGUAUAAUUUUGCUCAUUAGGAUGCUUUGUAGUUUUUGCCUUAGGCCACGCCCCAAAACUCUGGGCUGUAGAGGGGUGCAAGGUGCAGGGUACAUUGAGUUCGGCUAAAAAUAUUCCUACACAUCUUCAGCCUCGAAUUCCUCAUGAUGCUACCCUUUGCCAAACCGUGUAGUGAGCAAGCAGGUGGAGCACAGUAGCAAAGCAAUACUUUUUACAUGGAAUUUUAAAAUGUACCGUCUUUUUGUUUUUUAAUCAAUUAUAUAGGAAGAUGUCCCAUUGGGCAUGCAUGUCUAGGGAGGAGGGCUGGGGAAGGGGUGGGAGUUAAGCAGCUGCCCUGGCAAUCAUUCUCUGGAGGACCUUAGGAGAAUCACCGUGCAGGCAGGUGAAACUGAACAAAUCCCACUGGGGCCUUUGUUUAGUUGGGGUUGACAGAGAAAUCUUAAAUUCAAAUGAGGUAGGAAGAAGCACAUUGGUGUCAGAGCCAGAUACACAGUCUUGACCAUUUCCAAGUCGUCGGGUGGCUCCACUUUGCUCCAGGGAAAUUGAAAUUAAGCAGAAAGUUAUCCAAACUAGUGAAGCACAUCACGUGUAUUUAGGCAGAGCCCAAUUACAUAAGCCCUUCUAAAUCUGUGAAAGAAACAAAUUAAGAGUGAGCAUCCUUCUCAGGGUAGAUUCUUAUCAUCUAGAAGCCACCUCUUUUUUUUUCACAGUAGUAUCCUUGGUGGUUUAGUUGCUAAGUCUUGUCCGACUCUUGUGACCCCAUGGGCUGUAGCCCACCAGUCUCUUCUGUCCUCGGUCCAUGGGAUUUCCUAGGCAAGAAUACUGGAGUGGGUAGCCUUUUCUUUCUCCAGGGGAUCUCCCCUACCCAGAGAUUGAACCCAGGUCUCCUGCUUGCAGGCAGAUUCUUUACCCGCUGAGCCACCAAGGAAGCAGCAGUACCAGGGCCCUCACGGUCAUCCUGGAUCAUUUCCACUCCACCUUCAUGAGUGGACUGUGAGCCCUUAUGAGGUUCUGAGGUUUCCAAGGCUCCUGGGAUGUAGAACCUGCCAGUGUGGGCUGCAGCAGGAAUGUGGAGGCUGGGCCCAGUAGGGCCUGUUCUGCACAGACAUGUAUCUCUUCUGAAAAGCUCCUUCUUAGACUUCUGCAAUCCCAGGGGCCACCAUGUGCAUGGCUUUAUCUAUGGAUUUGUUCUUUUUAAAAAAUCUCUCAUGCAAAAAACCCCUCUUGUAUAAAAAGGAAAGACAUCAUAGUUGGGUGAGCCUUACAUUGGCAACUCAAAAGCUUGAGUUCUCAUCUGAUUCAGAUACAGAUUUGCUUGAUGCCCCUUGAGUGAGUCAUGGUCCCGUUCUCAUCAUCUCUCAAAAUGGAAGUUAUCAUACAACCUAACUAACUCCUGGGGUUGCUGGGCAAGGAACAGCCGAUGGAAGUCUUAGAGUCCAGUUUGUAAUCCAUGAAGACUGUCUACACAAAUGGCACAGCAAACGUCAGUACAACUUGUGAUUCAUAAGAGAGGCUCAAAGUCCCAGAGCAGGACAUUGAUGUGUGACAGUGUUGCUCAGAGAGAAUGGAGUAAAGAAUGAUCUAAAAUGCUUUAAAUGGGUUUGUGUUGACCUUAAAGCGCAUUUUAAGAGCAGAACCCUACAUUAAUAAUGUGCUAGCCCAGUUCUUCUCAAACUUUGAUGUGCAUACGAAUUACCUGGAGAUCUUACUAGAGCUCAGUCAGUCCGGGAGGGAAGGGGGCUGGAGAGUUUACAUUUCUAACCAGUUCUCAGGGGACGCUGAUACUGCUGGGCCACACCACACUUGGAGAAUAACACUCUGGCCUAACCUGACUGUUUAUGUAUUAAAAUGCUGCCUCUCGA